UUUGAAUCUUAAAUAUUUAGUCCUGUUCACUCCACACUAUCGUUCUGGUUCCCAAGUCGCUCAUUUAGUGUUCACACGUAUAGCCGCCUCUCGUUAAUACGUCAAUCUUUGAGAAUGUCAUCAUUCACCAAACUGAUUGUAGUGGCACUUGCCGCUGUCUCUGUGCCGUUCGUGUCUGCUCAGACGUACACCAACUGCAAUCCUUUGGACGAAACAUGCUCUGCCGAUUCUGGUUUGUCGAAAUGGUCUUUUUACUCUGACUUCACCACCGGAGACUCUGCCUUUGAAGACUGGAACACCACCGCCGGAACAGUUAACAGUACAUCUUCCGGCGCUGCUUUCGUAAUCAACGAAAAGGGAGAUGCGCCUACUAUCAAGUCCAACUUCUAUUUCUUCUUUGGCUAUGUUGAGGUCAAGAUGAAGAUUGCCAGUGGCACAGGCAUUAUCAGCAGUAUUGUUUUUGAGUCCGAUGACCUUGAUGAGAUCGAUUGGGAAGGAAUCGGUACAUACAACUACGAGAUAGAGACAAACUACUUUGGCAAGGACAACACUACCACCUACGACCGUGCCACCUAUCCUAACGUCACCACCCCUGCGGAUACCUUCCACACGUACGCCGUUGACUGGACCUCGAGUCAGAUUGAGUGGUUCGUUGAUGGUGUAUCCGUACGCACGCUUGCGUAUGAGGAUGCUCUCGAUGGCAAGAACUUCCCGCAAACUCCAAUGACCCUGAGAAUCGGAAUCUGGGCUGGUGGAGACCCUGACAACGGCGAGGGCACGAUCGAAUGGGCUGGUGGCGAGACCGAUUACAGCGAUGCCCCUUUCUCUAUGUACGUCGAGUCUGUGAAGAUUAUCAACUACAAUCCGGCCGAUACAUACACCUACUCGGACAAGACUGGUGACUACACUAGUAUCAAACUUGCCAAUACUACCAGCUCGGGUACCACCACCAGCAGCGUAUCUUCGCUGUCUAGCUCAACCACUAGUUCUAGCAGCGGCAGCAGCACCGGAGCCAGCACCGCAACCAGCACCGCAACCAGCACUGGCACCAUCAGCAGUAGCAAUAGAACUAUCAGCUCGAACUCGACAUCUUCCACGCCUUCUCCGUCUUCUUCUACACCAAGUUCCAGCACUUCAACCGCCAGCAGCGCAAGCUUUACUGCGGCGGCGGCGAACGUUCUGGGCUUGACUAUGAAUCCAGUUGUUGCCUUGCCCAUUGCCGCGCUGUUUUUCUUCUUGUAGAAAUAUGCAUAAUAGAAACAACAGUACUAAGGUAUAUGUUUUGGAAUACAAUUUUUUAUAUCUAGUCUCUGUUCUGAAAUUGCGGGCAGCUCGCAUGGUCAUGUUUAAUGCUAAGUACGGUUAUGGACAGCCAUCUAGACAUCGGCAUGCAGGGGGCCUUCAAGCACAGUCUCAAAUCUAUUUCCUAUUAUUAAUAAAAUAUUAGCAACUUGUGUACCGUUAUUUGUUCAAUAAAACUAGAUUUGAUCUUGCCUUAAUCAAUUUAUCGUCAGGCGUGGAUGAGUUUUAAAGCUAGCGGGCAUACAUUCACGAACGGAUGGAAAAAGUUAGACAUUCGUUUCAAGGCUUCUUAGCAUGUACCACAAAU